GAAGAUCUUGGAUGAAUUGGAAGAAAGUGGUGAAUUCACCCCUGAAUUUUACUUUGAUCGGUGUGGAGAAAUUGCAUUUUUUUUUUUGGUAAUUAUUAUCACAAAAAAAGCAAGAGCAUUUUCUCCCCCCAAAGAAGAAGAAGAAGAAGAACGAGCAGGAGAAGGAGGAGGAGGAGAAGGAGGAGGAGGAGGAGAAGGAUUCCUUGACUUCUGACAAUGCCUGGCAAUGGUUCCCAAUUGACUCCUAAAGGGGGCAAUUGGACGCUUCGUUGCUGUUGCUGCCUUUAGGAAAGGAAAACAAAAAAACUUGAGAUAGAGAGAAGCUGUGGUCAGCUCGUUUCUUUGCGGGAUUCCUAUUUUAUAUAUACACACACACACACACACACAUAUAUAUAUAUAUAUAAAAAAAAGGCAAAAACAAAUCGGUUUAAUCCAAAGCCAAGAAAAGGGGGAAGAGAGGAGGAACCGUAACGUUGGUGGCAAAGCGACCAUGGCUGAAGAAGAUGCGCCUGGAGAUCACAUGCAGACAGGUGGAGGCGAGGGCAGGUCCUCCCUGCCCAGCACCUUCAUCAAGCUCAACGACUUGGACCGAGAAGGCAAGGCGGCGGAGGCAGAGGAGCCCGGCUCUGAGGGUCGGGAGCCCGGCUCGGGGUGCGGGGAGACCCCGGAGGGUGACCCACAGCAGAGGAGGGCUGAGCAGGAGCACCUGUCCUACCCCGCACUCGCCCCCGUGGUGUUUUUCUACAUGAAGCAGACGACGCGACCCAGAAGCUGGUGCCUUAAGCUGGUCUGUAACCCCUGGUUCGAACGGUUAAGCAUGCUGGUGAUCGUGAUGAACUGCAUCACCCUUGGAAUGUUCCAACCUUGCGAGGACAGCAAGUGUAAGUCGGAACGGUGUAAGAUUCUGCAGGGCUUUGAUGAUUUCAUCUUCGCGUUCUUUGCUGUGGAAAUGGUCAUUAAAAUGAUCGCGCUGGGCAUCUUCGGCCCGAAGUGUUACCUUGGCGACACCUGGAACCGUCUAGACUUUUUCAUAGUCGUUGCAGGUAUGUUAGAAUAUUCACUGGACCUGCAGAAUGUCAGUCUGUCCGCAGUCCGCACUGUGAGGGUCUUGAGACCGUUGCGAGCUAUUAACAGGGUCCCGAGUAUGCGGAUCUUGGUCACUCUGCUGCUCGACACUUUGCCUAUGUUAGGCAACGUACUCCUACUCUGUUUCUUUGUCUUCUUUAUCUUUGGAAUCGUGGGCGUCCAGCUAUGGGCAGGGCUGCUGCGAAACAGGUGCUUUCUAGAGAAAAAUUUUACAACACCUGCCCCACUGAUGUUGGACAGGUAUUACCACACUGAAAAUGAUGACGAGAAUCCCUUCAUCUGCUCCCUCCCAAUGGACAAUGGGAUGCGUACCUGCCGGAUGGUGCCACAUACGCGAGUGGAAGGACUGGAGUGUACAUUGGACUAUACCAGCUACUCCCUGCUGAGGACCAACAACUCCGACAACACCAGCUGUGUGAACUGGAAUCAGUACUACACCCAAUGUGAGCCUGAUGAACACAACCCGUUCAAAGGAGCUAUCAACUUCGAUAACAUUGGUUAUGCAUGGAUAGCAAUAUUUCAGGUUAUCACCCUGGAGGGCUGGGUUGAUAUCAUGUACUUUGUCAUGGAUGCUCAUUCCUUUUACAAUUUCAUCUACUUCAUCCUCCUGAUCAUUGUGGGUUCAUUUUUCAUGAUCAACUUGUGUCUGGUUGUCAUAGCGACCCAGUUUUCCGAGACCAAACAGCGGGAGAGCCAACUGAUGAAGGAGCAGAGGGUGCGCUUCAUGUCCAAUGCCAGCACUUUGGCCAGUUUCUCUGAACCUGGCAGUUGUUAUGACGAGCUCCUCAAGUACAUCGGGCAUAUGCUGCGCAAGGCCAAGCGACACCUGGUCCAUGUUUACUAUCUGGUUGUCACCAGGGGUGGGCCUCGCCCGGCCAGUAAGACCGGGCUGUGCCCCCAACCGCACAAAAGGAGGAAACGCAAACGCACGGCGUCCGUCCAUCACCUGAUCCACCACCAUCACCACCACCACCAUUACCACGUCAGCAACGGGAGUCUGAGGGCCCCACGGGCCAGCCCUGAGAUCAGCAACAUGGAGACCAACACCGUGCACAGCGCAGGCAACAGACUGAUCAUGCUUCCCUCACCUCUGCCCAACCUUCAACCUCCUCCCCUUCCCCCUCCCCCCUCUCUUCCUCCUCCUCCUCCUCCUCCCCCUUCUCCUCCUCCCCCUUCUCCUUCCCCACCCAGCACUUCAGGCAAUACUGAGUCCGUUCACAGCAUCUAUCACGCCAAUUGCCAUAUUGAGCCAAUCCAGUGUAAGUCUUUCCUGAGGCCGGGCUCAGGCCUGCUUUCCCCAGAUGCACUGCAGAAAAGCACAGCUACCAAAAUCUACCCCACCGUCCACUCUGCCGCCCCACAUGAUGUGAUCAACCUCGGCACUCUAGGGCAGAAAACUAUUAAAGAGACCGCUGAUGGCCGAAUGGCUAACCUCAACAUCCCGACCGGGCCGUAUAGUAAAAUGCACAGACUCCUGGAAACACAGAGUGCUGGUCCUUGUAAAGGCACCUGCAAGCUGUCUAGCCACUGUCUGUGCUACAAGUCCAGCAGAACAGGUGACAUACUAAACUUUGACCCACAAAGUUGCCCCAUCUGCAUCAAAACUCUGAACAACGAGUCUGAGGUCACAGACAAUGAGACGGCGGAUUCUGAUAGCGAAGGAGUGUACGAGUUCACCCAGGAUGCCCACUACAGUGACCAAAGAGACACUCAACGCACGACACUCAGGCUGAAGAGGAUCCGCAGAUGCUGGGAGUUUUGGAACCUGGUCUGUGAUACGUGUCGUAAAAUCGUGGACAGCAAAUACUUUGGGCGUGGAAUCAUGAUCGCAAUCCUCAUCAACACACUCAGCAUGGGGAUCGAAUACCAUGAACAGCCAGAGGAGCUGACAAAUGCCCUGGAGAUCAGCAAUAUUGUCUUCACAAGCCUAUUUGCACUGGAAAUGCUGCUGAAGAUCUUAGUGUCCGGUCCCUUUGGCUACAUCAGGAACCCGUACAACAUAUUUGAUGGCAUCAUCGUCGUUAUCAGCGUGUGGGAGAUUGUCGGGCAGCAGGGAGGAGGCCUGUCAGUGCUGAGGACCUUCCGUCUGAUGCGAGUGCUGAAGCUGGUGAGGUUCAUGCCAGCCUUACAGCGCCAGCUGGUGGUCCUGAUGAAGACGAUGGACAACGUGGCCACUUUCUGCAUGCUGCUCAUGCUCUUCAUCUUCAUCUUCAGCAUUCUGGGAAUGCACCUGUUUGGCUGUAAAUUCGCAUCGGAGAAAGAAGGAGACACCCUUCCAGACCGGAAGAAUUUCGAUUCGCUUCUCUGGGCCAUCGUAACAGUCUUCCAGAUACUGACUCAAGAAGAUUGGAAUAAGGUCCUGUACAAUGGAAUGGCCUCCACCUCGCCAUGGGCUGCUUUGUACUUCAUUGCCCUCAUGACAUUUGGGAACUAUGUUCUCUUUAACUUGUUAGUUGCCAUUUUGGUGGAAGGAUUUCAGACUGAGGAAGUUCCGAAGCGAGAGGACCCGGUUGGGCAGCUAAGCUGUAUUCAGCUACCUGUUGACUCUUCUGGGGGGGAUGUAUCAAAACCUGAGUCAGAGGUUGACUUUUAUUGUCAAAGCCUUGAAGACGACUCUGGGAGCAAGAAAGAGCUACCAAAUACCACCUUGAUGGCAUUGAACGGUCAUGUGGAUGGGAAGAGUCUGACUCCGCCUCUCAUUACCCACACCAACGCGACCCCCAUGCCAACACCAAAGGGCACACUGUUUGGUGAGGCUGGGCAAUACUGCAGCGAGUCCCGCAGAGGAAGCAGCAUUUCCAUCGAUCCCAAUCACCAUGAUCAAAAAUCACCAACCAGUGCGCGGAGCUCUCCCUACGCCCCGUGGAGCACGGCCAGCAGCUGGAACAGCCGCCGAUCGAGCUGGAACAGCCUGGGCCGAGCCCCGAGCCUGAAACGCAAGCAUCAGUCCAGCGAGCGCAAGUCCCUGCUCUCAAACGACGGGAAGGAGAGCUCGGACGAGGGUGAGGGAUCGGAGGAUGAGAGGGUUAGUCGGGCCGGAAGUGCCAGGGGCUCGUUUACUCAGCGAAUGGAAUCUCUGGAGAACAGGGGAUCCUUCGAUAUGCCCGGGACCCUCCAGGUGCCCUUCCAUCACCGAUCUCCCAGCAUCCACAGCAGCCGAGCCCCACCGUUGGACCACCAGGAGUGUAACGGUAAAACCUCCCCUGCCCCCCAGCUGCACCGGUUCCACAUGGAUGAGCUGAGGAAUGAGUCGGAGACUAAUGAGGAGGAAGAUGACACGAGUAAAGGAGGGCGUCUGCGGGCAUGGAUCUACUCUAAACUCCCGACCUGUUGCAAGGAACGCUCGAAGUGGUCCCUCUAUCUCUUUCCACCUCAGUCCAGGUUCCGUAUCACAUGCAGCAAAAUCAUUUCUCACAAGAUGUUUGACCACAUAGUCCUGGUGAUCAUUUUCCUGAACUGUAUCACCAUUGCGAUGGAGAGGCCCAAGAUUGACCCUAAAAGUGCAGAGCGAAUCUUCUUGACGUUUUCAAACUACAUUUUCACAGUGAUCUUCCUGACUGAGAUGGCAGUGAAGUUGGUGGCGCUGGGGCUGUGCUUCGGCGAGCGGAGCUAUCUGAAGAGCACCUGGAACAUCCUGGAUGGAGGGCUGGUCAUGAUUUCCGUCAUCGAUAUUCUAGUCUCAAUGGUUUCCAACAGCGGCACCAAGAUCCUGGGAAUGCUCCGAGUCCUGCGGCUGCUGCGGACACUGCGUCCUCUCAGAGUAAUCAGCCGAGCACCAGGUCUUAAACUUGUGGUCGAAACACUGAUGUCAUCUCUCAAGCCGAUUGGAAACAUUGUGGUCAUCUGCUGUGCAUUCUUCAUCAUCUUUGGGAUCCUAGGAGUUCAGCUCUUCAAAGGCAAGUUUUACUUCUGUGUUGGAGAGGACAUCAGGAAUGUCACAAACAAAUCAGACUGCCUUCAAGCCAGCUACAAGUGGACUCGACACAAGUAUAACUUUGACAAUCUGGGUCAGGCUCUGAUGUCCCUGUUUGUCCUCGCAUCGAAGGAUGGCUGGGUUGACAUCAUGUACGAUGGUUUGGAUGCAGUGGGAGUGGAUCAGCAACCAGUCAUGAACUACAAUCCCUGGAUGCUCCUUUACUUCAUCUCCUUCCUGCUGAUCGUGGCCUUCUUCGUGCUCAACAUGUUCGUGGGCGUAGUGGUCGAGAACUUCCACAAGUGCCGGAAGCACCAGGAGGUCGAGGAGGCCAAGCGCCGCGAGGAGAAGCGUUUACGCCGCAUGGAAAAAAAGAGACGGAGUAAGGAGAAGCAGCUGGCUGAAGCUCAGAGUAAACCUUAUUACUCUGACUACUCUCCCACCCGGCGAUUCAUUCACAAUAUGUGCACCAGCCAUUACCUGGAUCUGUUCAUCACUGUGGUGAUCGGGCUGAAUGUAAUCACCAUGGCAAUGGAGCAUUACAGGCAACCCGAGGAACUCGACAAAGCCCUGAGGAUCUGCAAUUACAUUUUCACGAUUAUCUUUGUCCUGGAGUCCGUGUUCAAACUGGUUGCUUUUGGAUUUCGGCGGUUCUUCAAGGACAGAUGGAACCAGCUGGAUCUUGCUAUAGUGCUGCUAUCCAUUAUGGGUAUUACCCUUGAAGAAAUUGAGGUGAAUGCUUCUUUGCCGAUCAACCCCACCAUCAUUCGAAUAAUGAGAGUCCUGAGAAUCGCCAGAGUCUUGAAACUGUUGAAAAUGGCAGUAGGAAUGCGAUCGCUGCUGAACACUGUAAUUCAGGCUUUGCCACAGGUUGGGAAUCUCGGGCUCUUGUUCAUGCUCCUGUUUUUCAUAUUUGCGGCUCUUGGAGUCGAGCUCUUUGGGGACCUAGAAUGUGACAAUUACCAUCCAUGCGAAGGCCUGGGACGACAUGCCACGUUCAGGAACUUCGGGAUGGCUUUCCUCACCCUCUUCCGGGUUUCAACUGGAGACAACUGGAAUGGAAUAAUGAAGGACACCUUGCGUGACUGUAACCAGGAAGGCACCUGCUACAACACAGUGGUGUCGCCAAUCUACUUUGUCUCGUUUGUGCUGACAGCCCAGUUUGUGCUGGUGAAUGUGGUCAUCGCUGUGCUAAUGAAGCACUUGGAGGAGAGCAACAAGGAGGCCAAAGAGGAGGCUGAGCUGGAGGCCGAGCUGGAGUUUGAGCUGAAAAUGUUGAAUGCCAACCCAGCCCCCACGGAGGGUGUGAUGUGGGGAGGUAGCGAUAGGGGAGAUGCAGGGGAAAGCCCAGAGAGUCCAGCAGAGUCUCUCCAUAUCAAAGUGGAUUCACCAUUUUCUUUCGAGCCACCGCUGAUCCCUCUAGCUGAGAUGGAGGCUGUUUCUCUGACAUCUGAUAUUCAGUCUGAGAAAUCCUGGUCGUUAGCAUUGACGGAUGACUCUUUUCCCGAUGAUACUAAUGUAUUCUUGCUAAAUACACUGGAAAGCAAUGAGAACGAAGUUCAACAGGAAACCCCGGAGAAGAACCUCCUGUCAGUGAGGAGGCCCUUUGUUGGCAGGACCCAUUCGCUGCCCAAUGACAGCUACAUGUUCCAGCCUGUCGACCCAGCGCCAUCACCGGAUCUACACGAGUCUCAGAACAACCACAGAUACCAGUCAGGUUCCACCACAUCGGUGCAGUCACAGCCAACGGACAGCGCUUCCAACCUCCAGGCUCCGGUACAGCUAUUCCAUCCAAUCAGCCCUCGGAGCAGUCUUGAUGCCGAAAACAUUCCCAGAAUUCCUCCCCCCGUGCGGUCUGCAAGCAUUCAUAGGAUGCUCCGGAGGCAGGUUGCUGUGACAAACGAAUAUCUGGAUCCACUGUGUACGGAGCCAAAGGAAAGCGUGCAGGUGAAUCCUGGUGAGCUGCCACCAGCCUUGAAUGUGUCUGUACCUCCUGUGGCUGUUCUGCAGCCCUCUUUGGUGUUAGUGCCUGCCACACCCAAAGCACCGAACAAGCACAGCAUCCACAUCCAGCAGCACAGUCACAACCAGUGCAACAUCACUAACUCUGUGUCAGCCUCCCCACAUCUCCAGGAACCUUUCCAGGAGGUCCCUGACCCAGCCGACCAGGAAGUCUCUCAGAUCAAUAGCAGUAAAAAGAGACCCUCCAGGUCGCCUGUGUGCCCUCCACUGCCCAUGAAAAGCUGCAACAGCACAGGGAACCUCACAAUGAAGGACAUCAAAAGGUUCUACAGCGUGGAUGCCCAGGGAUUUUUGGCCAAGCCAGUGUCGUGGCUAGAUGACCCUCGGAGACAUUCGAUUGAAAUCUGCUCGUCUGUUGACGUCAGCCCGGCACGUCAUUUUCCUUCCUCGUCCUGUGGCCUGAUCGACCACGGAGUGACAGAACUGGAAGGCUUGCAAACGUCACGCCAGAAGCAGAAAAUGAGCCCACCCUGCAUUUCUAUAGACCCCCCAGAUGAGCACCUCAGAACAAUACAAGGGUCACACGGGCAAGCUAACGCCGACGGCAACAUGUGUCUGAGAAGGCGGGCUCCGUCCUGUGACUCAGCCCCCCACAAAAACUCUGGGGACAUUGCGGAACCCCUGCUUCCUGAAAGCACUCCUGCUUCCCCUUCCCCAAUCAGAGAUUUGCUGACUCUUCCCAGUUUUUCCUUGGAUCAGCCUGAGGUGGACCACUGAUGAUAUUUAAUUUGCCAAAAAAAAAAGUGUUUCUUCCUUUCCUAAUGUUUAAAAAAAAUACAAUCGUGUAAGAAUCCUGGAUUCUGACCCACGCUGGGGGAUACGCAAGCCCUGACCCCCCUCCCCUUUCCACAAACGAAGCAUCAACAUUUGACGGAUGAGUCUCCACCUUGCAGAUCUGCCGGGAACUCGAGUGGGUGGCUGAUUAAGCAUUCAAACCUGGGUAUAGUCCAUCACAGUGGAGAGUCACUUUUUGUUAAGUUAAGUUGGUAUAAAAUUGGUAUAGUUUCCUCAGUAAGAUCCCACAACCAGAUACUGCAAUUUGGUUUGUGUUUUGGCAUCAGUUGUAUCUUUUCUAGGAGAGUGUUCAAUUGGAAGGCUCAGAGAGCUGAAAUUACCCUGGAUAUUUACGGGCAAUUAAUCAUUUUUUUUUGUCCAGAAAGCACAAAGCAAAAAUCCAGCUAUCAAUAUAUUUUUAAAAAUAUGAUAAGUGAAAUAAAAUAUAAUAUUUGCCUAAUUUGUGUGGUUAACUGAGAUGAUUGAUUGAUCUUCUAUCGAAAAAUGGCACUCCACUGUAUUAUUGACUUAGUCGGGCAUUUCUCAAAGUUACUGAAAAGUAUUAUUGCUAAAUUGUGAUUUUAAUACUGUACCAGUCGUAUGGGUUAGAAUUCUCUUACAGGAUACUGUUGUUUCUGAUGUUUACUUCCUAAUCUGUUAUCUUGUGUUAUUUAUUGAUGAUUUCCGGUUUGAUCCUUAUAGUAUCAGUUGACCUUGAGUUACACUUUACAUCCAUCAAUUUGUACCUAGAGCCUAGGAUUUGGUGAGCUGGUAGCAUCCAGUUAGAAGCAAUUUGAGGGUGACAUCCUGAAACUGUACUGGCUGUUUCCCCCGGUUAUCCUGUAAAAAAAAUUUAAUCAUUCUAACCCUGGCUGGAAACGUUUGAUCAGUAACAGCGUGAUUGAGCGCUCCAUUUCCAUACAUGUGCACUUAGUGAUGAAAGUGACUCGUGCAUUUUAACAAACAUCCACGAAGGAGAGAGAAGUGCAAUGGCCAAAGACAAGUCAGGUAAGGACCUGUGCCAGCUAUGCUGAGAUAGUCACUGUCAUAAUUCGCUGCAGUCCCACUAUCCCAUCUCAUUAAGUAAAGUUCCUUGGAAACGGUUAAGAAUAAAUCUGUUGCCGUAGCACUUUUUCUGCACAGUGGAAAAAUGAUCCCAGAUCAGCGUGGCCACACCUGAUGCGUUCCUUCGUCAUUGUAGCACUUGAUGCAAUAAAGAGGAGGAUCCAAUGAUUUCAUAUCGUACUGUGAUAGUUAGGCUCAUUUGCUCCUCAAAAAUUCCAAUAACUUGUUUCUUUAAAAAAAAAUGAUGUUGCUUAAAGCUCGCCCUUUGUUCACUUGUUAGACUGCAGUGCCGUGAUCCCAUUACCUCCAGGCAACUAUGUCCAUUGCAUCUAAUUGGGAAUCGGACCCUGAAUAUUUAUUGUACCCAGUUUAAAGUUACAUUGCUU